AACAUUCCUGAAGAAAGCUUGUAUGUGAAGUGUAAUGGGCGACUGGCUAGUGGUGAAGAUGUGUUGCAAAAUGGAGCCGUUUAUAGUCUGGAACCAAGGCUUUGUGGUGGCAAAGGAGGGUUUGGGUCUAUGCUGCGAGCACUUGGUGCUCAGAUUGAGAAGACAACAAAUAGAGAGGCUUGCCGAGAUCUCAGUGGAAGGAGGCUUCGAGAUGUCAACCAUGAGAAAGCGAUGGCUGAAUGGGUGAAGCAGCAGGCAGAAAGGGAAGCAGAGAAGGAGCAGAGGCGCUUGGAAAGGCUGCAGCGGAAACUUGCGGAGCCAAAGCACUUUUUCACCAACCCAGACUAUCAGCAGCAGUGUCAUGAAAUGGCUGAGAGACUGGAAGACUCAGUCCUUAAAGGAUUGCAGGCCUCUUCAAGCAAAAUGGUGUCACCAGAGAGCAGCAGUAGUCAGAAGCGUCCAGGUGAACCUGGAAAGAAUGGAACCAAACCUCGAAAAAGAAAAUGUUUUUGGCUGGGGUUGGAAGGACUGGAUGAUUGUGACAGUUCGGAUUCAGAGGAUGACAGUGAAGAUGAUUCCCCUCAUGCAUCUCAUGGAAGUUGUCCAUCAGGCAGCAGAUGUAAUGAAAAUGCUGGAAAUUCAAAAGCAUGUUCAAGCAGCUCUGUGGAGCCAGUAGAGGAUAGUCCAGCUACUGGUGCAACUGAGACACCACUGGAGCAGCCAGAAUGUAGUGGAAGAGGUGUGCAAGGAGAGACAAGCACAAGUGGGCAACCUGAAAUUCCAGCUGAAGGGAAUAGUGAAAUGACAAAGACCCUGACGGAAGAAGCCCAAGAAAAGAAUGAAGUAGCCCAAGCUCCAAAAGAAGAGGAACAAGAUAAUGUUUCACCUAAGGCACAAGAAACAAACCAGUUACAGAGCACAGAGGUGGAACCGAUAGACCUGAUGGUGUUCAACUCUGCUGCUGAAAUGGAAGCCCUGGGUUUAGACAAACUGAAGAUGGAAUUGAUGUCUUUAGGACUGAAAUGUGGAGGCACUUUAAAGGAAAGAGCAGCAAGGCUGUUUUCAGUGCGAGAUGGACAGAAAUAGCCUGAAUGUUUUCUGGAAAAUGUGUAUGGCACUGUCAUCGCCUAUUUUAAGAAAAAUAGCAAUCCUUUGUGAGCUUUAUAUUGAAUCACCUUUAAUGUGAAUUCCAGUUAG